AUGUGGGAGUGGAAACCAAAGGUGACCAGCUCUAAUUUUGGGAAAGGUUCGGGAACAGCUGGUGCAUAUGAUGUUCCUACUAGUUCAGUUGAAGCCAGUGCUUAUUCGCAGCCUGUUUCAAGAGUUAUCGACUCUGAAGAAGCAACUUCAAAAUUGCAGAAGAAAUGCUUAAGGAAGAGGUUGAUAAUUUUACCCUUGUUCUGCAAUUUAAACCAUUUGAGAAUAGGAAGCGGGCAAGCAACAAAGUUGAAUAAUCCAGACCUCUAUCACUAUGCAGUGUUUUCUGACAAUGUCCUCGCUUGUGCAGUGAUUAUUAACUCCACAAUUUCAUCUGCAAAGGAGCCGGAGAAAAUUGUUUUUAAUGUGGUAACCAAUUACCUAAACCUCUCAGCAAUUUCGAUGUGGUUUUUAUUAAAUCCUCCUGGAAAAGCUACAAUCCAUUUUCAGAGUGUAGAAAGUUUUGAUUGGUUGUCUACCAAGUAUAAUUCAACAUUGAAGGAACAAAAGUCCUAUGAUCCAAGAUUUACUUCAGCCCUCAACCAUCUGCGGUUUUAUCUACCAGACAUCUUUCCAGCACUGAAUAAGAUUGUUCUUUUCAAUCACGAUGUGGUAGUGCAAAGAGAUUUAACUGAAAUUUGGAGUGUUGACAUGAAGGGCAAAGUAAACGCAGCUGUGGAAACUUGUACGGAAAGUGAAGCUUCAUUUCGUACUAUGCAUAUGUUAUUGAACUUCUCAGACCCAUUUUUGGCGAAGAGGUUUAAUCCGAAAAUAGCCUGA